AGUUGGCUUGGUAUUGCUAACUUCAUAGAGCUAGCUAUUUAUAAAGGCAGCGUUGCAGUAUACAGACUUGGUAGUUGAUGUUUAACUGUUUGUGCUCUUGUCUGAGGGGAUUUGUGCAUUUUUUUAAAGUUGCUAUUCACACUUCUUGUUUUUGACAGCGAGGCCGCGAAUUAGCCAUCAUCUCAGUCUCAGCUUAGCCUGUUAGCUAGCUAGCUAGUCGUGUGUGUGUGAGAGAGAGACAUUGCUAAAGUUCGGUGCUGUGCCUCGAGAUGCCCGCGAUGUUGGGAAAGGGUACGACGGAGAUUUCAGGGAAAAGAAGAGGCAGAAACUCGGUGAACAACCCGACAAAAAGUUUUACUGCCAACGGCAACAGUAACAAUUCUUGGUCAGUGAUGAGGAGCAGGGGGAGAGAACCUCGGUUCCCAACAGUGGUACCAGCUGUUAAUUUUGAUCCAGAGAAGGAUGCAAGCUGGAUUGAUACAGCCAUCAAAACCAAAGGUGUGGAUGAGGACUUAAUCAUUGACAUUCUAACAAAACGCACCUACAGUCAGAGGAGAGAGAUUGCAUUUGAGUAUGAGAAGAAAGCAAAAAAGGAUAUGAUUACUGCCCUGAAGGGAGUGCUGUCAGGCUCUCUAGAAAAUGUUAUUCUUGGCCUAAUGAAGAGCAGAACACAGUAUGAUGCCUUUGAGCUCAGAGCUUCAAUGAAGGGUCUAGGUACUGAUGAGGAGAGUUUGAUUGAAAUGGUCUGUUCUCGUAGCAAUGAGGAGCUGGUGGAGAUUAAAAAAGUUUACAAGGAAUUGUUCAAGAAGGAUUUGGAGAAAGAUGUGGCUGGUGAUACUUCUGGUGAUUUUUGUAGGUUGCUGCUGUCUCUGGUUGAGGCUAAAAGAGACGACCCCAGCAACAUAGUGGACUAUGAAAGGAUUGACAAUGAUGCCAGAGCCCUCUAUGAGGCGGGGGUAAAGAGGAAGGGAACGGAUGUGGCCACUUGGAUAGCAAUUUUCUCUGAAAGGAGUGUGCCACACCUCCAGAAAGUGUUUGAGAGGUAUAAAAGCUACAGCCCAUAUGACAUAAAGGAGAGCAUUCGAAAGGAGGUGAAAGGAGAUCUGGAAAAAUCCUUCCUUACACUGGUGGAGUGCUUUCAAAACAAACAACUUUACUUCGCCAGCAAACUCAAUGAAGCUAUGAAGAGUAAAAGCGUCAAGGAGAAGGUUGUGACUCGGAUCAUGGUUUCACGUUGUGAAGUGGACCUCAUGAAAAUCCGAAUGGAGUUCAAGACACACUUUGGAAAAUCACUCCACCAGACAAUCUUGGAGCACACGAAGGGUGACUACCAGAGAGCUCUGCUAAAUCUGUGUGGAGGAGAUGAUUAGCAACAAGUGGUGACAAAUGUAGUGAUGCUCUGCUUAACAGUUAUUCAAAAAGAACAGUGAACAUAUAUAGAGCAUUCACAGCUUUCAUCAGCUCUGGUAGUAUUAUAUUAUAUUAUAUUAAAUUGUUCGUAUUAGCCUUAUUUGCAUAAUGAAGCAAAUAUUUUAUUAUGUUAUUUCUCAGACAUGCAUUUCUGUCAUUAAAAUUGUGUGAGCAAAGACAGCUCCAAGAUUACUAUUAUUCAUAUUAAAGUGUGGUGGUUAAACUGUGCUGAUCUUAAUAAUUGCUCCACAAGAUGCUGCUGAACAAUUACUUAUCAGGAAGCAGUACAAAGUCCACAUCGCAUUCAAAGCAGACUGUAGUUUCACAGAGUGCUCAUGUCUUUUUACUGUGAUAUUUCAAUAUACAGUAUAUGUUGAACAUUAAUCAAUGAUGAUCUAAACUGACAGUUUAAAUUUCUGAAAUCUGAAGUAACUGAAAGCUGAAUAUUUAAAACCAAAUAAUUUCAUCAUUUGAUGAUUCAGUUAAGUCUCGUCAAAUGGCCACUUUAAUAGGAACAACUGAACACUGUUCAGUUAUCCAAUCUGAAUGUAGAUUCAGGUCAAGAGCUUUAGGUAAUGUUCACAUCAGAAGACCACAUUGGGAUAAACUCCUGUCAGCCAAGAAAAGAAUCUGAGACUACAGCACACACUAGGCCUAGAAAUACCAGUUUUUUUAUUUCGGGAUAAAUACCAGUUGCCUAGCUUGUCUUGCAACUAAUUUUUUUUGCCUGCAACACUGGUAUAUCCUGCAGUUCCUAGAAACUAUGGUACAUAUUGUCAAACAUGACUGGUUAAUAAAUCAUGAAUCAGCUAGUCUUGCA